AUGGCACGACCCGGAGAUGCACAGGACGUGAUGGCUUUCAUAAACGCAUUACGACAAUCAUCACUUGAUGACAUACACUCCCAAUUAUCGCCAGACACAUUAGAUAGGCUUCGAAAUCCUCCCCACGCACUCCCAGAUACCACAGAUCCCAACCUCAUACAAUCCUUGAAAAUUUAUUUUGCUGAUACGACUAUCAAACAGUAUAAUUCUAUUCGUGAUGCUACUAUUGAACGGUACCCUGACGAUGACAUAUACAGCUACUAUUGUGUGAAGCAAGCUGUUGCUGAACUUAGUGGUGUCGUGCUGAUCAUAAAUGACAUUCGUAACAUGUGCAUCAAUACAUGCCUCGCUUUUACUGGUCCAUAUGCCGACCUUGAUCAUUGUUCUAGAUGU